GCACAUGCGUGAAAAACGUCAUUUAGAACAUCAACAUAUACUCGAUUGUUGUUUUCUGCAAUGUAAUAUCGCCACGGUCGUUCGUACAUUUAAAAUUAAUUCUCGUGUCGGCUCGAUGCGGGAUUUACAUCGCAAGAAAAGGAGAAAAAAAAAGAGAAGUGAAUUAUGCGAUGUGUCCUCAGCGGGGAUUCAUGCUUGAAUAUGAUGGAUCUGAGCUGUUGAAUGUUACGAGUAUCGCUUCUGCGAGUAUGAUGAUUCCACGAUAGUUUAUACGAUGAAGAUAAAGUUUCGAUCAUGUCAACGCUCGUUGAGAUCAACAGUAUUUCAUAUCCUAUCGAUGAGGACUGCCUCCCCGGCAUGGUUGAGCGAAUCGACACGACGGUGACGUAUGAUGAUUUCUUCUCUGAGCAUCUAAUACGUAACAGACCAUGCAUCCUCGGCUCGUAUGCCACUGAGAAUUGGCCGUGCCGGCGUGAAUGGGUAUCAGAUGGUGCGCCCAAUUUCGAGAUGCUCCGCACGCUAUUUGGAUGUUCCAUUGUCCCGGUUGCUGAUUGUAACAGAAAGUUUUACAAUUCGCAAUUCAAGAAUGAUAUGUCUAUGGAAAGCUAUUUGGAAUAUUGGGUCGAUUACAAGCGGAAUUGUUAUGUUAAAACAAUGCCAUUGUUGUAUCUGAAAGAUUGGCAUUGUGCAAGAAAUUUCCCCAAUGUUCCGAUUUACGAAGUGCCUCAAUAUUUUGUAUCCGACUGGCUAAACGAAUAUUACAUUGCCCAUCCCAAGCUAGAUGACGAUUAUAUGUUUGUGUAUAUGGGGCCAAAGGAGACAUGGACUCCAUUACAUGCCGAUGUUUUUACAUCGUAUAGCUGGUCUGCAAAUAUAGUUGGAAGAAAAAGAUGGCUGCUUUUCCCUCCACAUGAAGAAGAUCAUUUCCGUGAUAUUUAUGGGCAAUUGGCAUACAACGCAGUUUCAGAGGAACUCAACGAUCAUACAAAGUACAAAAUGUAUGAUAGUAAAAAAUUAAAAUGCUUUGAUGUAAUUCAAGAAGUUGGAGAAAUUAUAUUUGUACCAUCUGGAUGGCAUCAUCAAGUUUGGAAUUUGGAAGAUACAAUUUCCAUUAAUCAUAAUUGGAUCAAUGGAUGCAAUAUCUCCAAUGUAUGGUAUGCAUUAAAAAAAGAAUUAAGAUCUGUUAUGAAAGAAGUUGAUGAUUGCAAGGAUAUGAAGAAUUGGAAUGAACAUUGCCAAUUGAUGCUAAAAAGCUCCUAUGGCAUGGAUUAUAAGCAGUUUUUCGAAUUCAUAUCGUUUAUUGCUAAGAAUCGUUUACAUGCUAUGAUAAAAAAGGAUCAAGUUGUAAGCUUUAAUAAGUAUCAUUUCGGACGUAAUCACUGUUUAUUUGAUUUGCGAGCGCUUAAAACUGUGUUAGAUGAUGUUAUCAUAGACGCGCAAGAUCUGUCCGUGUAUAAUUUGAUGUGCAAGAAUGAUGAAGCUCGCGUGUUAUUAAAAAAUAUUACUUCGUUUCUUGAGUCCUCUUGUGACAUUGAAAAUGUAAUUUAUUCAUAAACACGAAACUCAAUAAAUUGUUAGGAAACUAAUCGUAAAUUUUCUUGUAAAUAUAGCAUGUACUUUACAGUUAAAA